UCGAUACAAGAUUGUGAAGUAGACUCAAAAAAAUGAUUUAUAUAUGAUAAAAAUGAUUGUAUAAUCGACGAAGUCCAAUAAAAUUUUGAGAACCUAUAUUGAUUUAGUCUAGUGCCGAACUUCAUAUUAGUAAGUAUUUGACUUCUAACUUCAAUAUUAUGAUUACAAGAUUAUGUUUAUAUCGUUAUUCCCAUUAAUUUUAAAAUAUAAUAAUUGUUUGACUAAUCUCAUUUUGAGGUGUAAUAGUUAUUAAAGUUAUCAUUUAGUUUACUAGUUAUUACCAUAAUUUAAAUUUAAAAAUCAUUUCGAUUGUAUUGAUUGAUAUGUUGUAAGUUAAACAUGUCGAACAAACGAGUGUUUUAUUUCUACAAUCCAGAUGUGGGUAAUUUCCAUUAUGGGCCUGCUCAUCCUAUGAAACCUCAUCGAUUAUCAGUUAUACAUAGUUUAGUUCUUAAUUAUGGACUGUAUAAUAAAAUGAAAAUUUAUAGACCAUAUCGUGCUAGUGCUCAUGAUAUGUGUCGUUUCCAUCAUGAUGAAUACAUAGAAUUUCUUCAAAGAGUAACACCUCAAAAUCUUACUACUUACAGUAAAUAUUUAAACCAUUUUAAUGUUGGUGAAGAUUGUCCAGUAUUUGAAGGUUUAUAUGAUUUUUGUUCAAUGUAUACUGGUGCUUCAUUAGAUGGAGCUAUGAAACUUAAUAAAAAUGUAUGCGAUAUUGCAAUUAAUUGGUCAGGAGGAUUACAUCAUGCAAAAAAGUUUGAAGCAUCAGGAUUUUGUUAUGUAAAUGAUAUUGUUAUAGCUAUUUUAGAAUUAUUGAAAUAUCAUCCUAGAGUUUUAUAUAUUGAUAUUGAUGUACAUCAUGGAGAUGGUGUUCAAGAAGCAUUUUAUUUAACAGACCGUGUUAUGACAGUAUCCUUUCAUAAAUAUGGUAAUUGGUUUUUCCCUGGUACUGGUGAUAUGUAUGAAAUUGGUGCUGAUUUAGGGCGUUAUUAUUCUGUUAAUGUACCUUUAAAAGAGGGAAUUGAUGAUGCAAGUUAUUCUCAGGUAUUUAAACCAGUAAUCCAACAUGUUAUGGAUUUAUAUCAACCUACAGCAAUAGUUCUCCAAUGUGGUGCUGAUUCUCUUAAUGGCGAUAGAUUAGGUUGUUUUAAUUUAAGCACCAAGGGACAUGGUGAAUGUGUUAAGUUUAUUAAAGAAUUGAAUGUACCAUUAUUAACUGUUGGAGGUGGAGGUUAUACAUUAAGAAAUGUUGCCCGAUGCUGGACUUAUGAAACAUCUCUACUCAUAGAUGAAGAAAUAAGUAAUACAAUUCCAGAACAUGAAUACCGUGAUUACUUUGCACCUGAUUUUUUACUCCACCCAGAAGUUGUUACUCGUCAAGAAAAUGCAAAUAGCAAGCAAUAUUUGGAGCUUAUUGUUAAGCAUACCUAUGAUAAUUUAAAAAUGGUUCAACAUUCACCGAGUGUUCAAAUUCAAGAUGUACCUGGUGAUGCUCUUCCUACUGAAGAAGCAAAUGCUAUAGCUAUUGAAGAAGCUGAUCCUGAUGUACGACAAUCUCAAGCAGAACUUGAUAGACAAGUUGAUCCAGCUAAUGAAUUUUACCAAGAUGAUAAAGACCAAGAUUUCGAAGAGACUAAAUAAGCAGUUUAAAGUAAUUAAAUAAUUAGUUCUUAAUUAAUCUUAUUUUAAACCUACAAAUAAUGCAAGUUUAAUUAUUUCAAAGCAUUAUAAUAUUUAUUUAUAUCUAAUACCAUAGUUGAGACUUAAACAAUUAAAUGACAAAAUACUUAUUUUUAGUAAACUUUUUAGAAAUGAAUAAUGACAAAUUGCUAUAGAAUAUUUACCAGUAAAUGUAACUCUGA